UACAGUUUGUAAUAUAUUAUGAAUACAACAGAUAAAUUAGAUGAUCGAAUUAUGCACAGAUCAAUAUCAAACGAAACAUCAUUUUAUUUAUGGUGGAUACUAAUUGGAAUCUUUUCUUCAUUUCUAAUUACUGAAUUAAUAUCUCCAGCUUUAUCAAGAAUCUAUUGUAAAUCUUAUGAACGUAUUUCACGUAAACAAUAUCUAGAAUGGAACGCAAGUUACUCAGAUUUCUUAAGCAACGUUGGAAUGUGCAUAUCAUGCGGUUAUAUGAUUUAUGAUUCACUGACAAUGAUCAUGUACUUAAAAGGUGCUUCAUUAUGGACUUACAUAAUCCAUCAUUCGAUUGUUAUCUGGGGAAGUUCAGCAUUUUUAUCUAAUGAAAUUGGAAAAUACUAUGCAUAUUUGAAGUAUUUGACAGAACUUUCUACUCCCUUCAUUAAUCUCAGGUGGUUUCUGCGUACAUGUGGAUAUUCUUCACAUCACAAAUACGUUGCCAUAGCAACCUCUUUAUUUGCCGUCACAUUUAUUCUAACAAGAAAUAUUUGUGCUGUUCCAUUUUGGUAUUUGGUAUCCUACAAUAUACAUCAUCAUACCAGUGAAGCACAACGGAUAUUUCUUAUUGAUGCCUUCAAAAUUUAUUUUAUUUUGGGUAUCAUACUUGACAUGCUGAAUCUAUUCUGGGGUGCAAUUAUAUGUUCAAUGUUAUGGCAAUCAAUCAAAGUUUUGAAAAAUUCACAGUGUGUAGAAUCAGAAUGA